AUGGGGAAGAGUAGGAGAAAUGGGUUUGUGGAAACAGAAAGAGAGUGUUGUGAUAUUGGGUUGGGUUUGAUGAUGGAAACCCAUGACCAAUCAUGUAAGAAGAUGAAUCAGAUGGUGAUGGUGAUGCCUCAUCAUGAGCCUCAAUUUUGCAGUGGUGGUUUUGAUGGAGGCACAGCUACACCUUUGUUCUAUCCCACAAGAAACAACAACGCAGUGACUACUGAUAUAUACAAUACUGCCUCCUCUGAUGUUGGUUCAGUUGUGGUGCCAAAGAAUCUGCAGCAGCCUUACUACUAUGAUAGCUUGUCUUUCAGUUCCUCAGGUGGAAUGGUGAAUGUGAAUGUUAGAAUUCCUUUUACUCCAGCACAGAGAGCAGAGCUUGAGGCACAGACUGUGAUUUACAAGUACAUCAUGGCAUGUGUCCCUGUCCCUCAACAAUUACUUCUUUCUAUUACCAACAGUUCACCAAAUGGAGUGAGGAACUCAUCAAGAACAAGAGGAGUGAGAGACAUGUUCGAGGGGUUUUCUAAGAGCUUGGAUCCAGAGCCAUGGAGGUGUAAGAGAACAGAUGGUAAGAAAUGGAGGUGCUCCAGAGACAGAGGAAUUGAUCAGAAGUUCUGUGAGAGACACUGCCACAAAAGACGUUCAAGAAAGCAUGUGGAAUCAAUCCCCAACUUACUCAACAACAACAUCAACAAGAAUGCUAACAUGCUAAGUCCAAGGCCUUCAGCUUUCAAGAAUUACAAUCAAACUCCAUUGUCAAGCUCCAUGGUGACUCCUGCUGCUGCAUCACAUGCCCAACCCAGAGCAUUGGACUGGUUCAUGAAUGGAGAAAGCGCCUCUGUUGCUGUUUCUAACCAAGAAUGGGAGCAAUUGAUGCCAUUCAAGUUAGGCAGCCACACUAGCAAGCGUGACACAGAUGUGGAUUUUCCAAAGCAACAAAAUGAGAGCUCACUCAAUUUGUAUAGGGGUGGUAGCCAAGGUCUACAGAGUCAGAGGUCACAUGACCAUUUGGGAGGAGCUUUAAAUUCAAAUCAGGCACAACAGACAAGGCAUUUCAUUGAUGCUUGGUCCACUGAGAGAGCUGGUAACGGCAUUGAUGAGCUUGGCAAGAGGACGAGGGACUCUGUUCCAUUGAACCAGAAGCUGCCCCUUUCAUCCCUCACUCUAUCAAUGUCUGGUAAGAAUAGUGAAGCCAAUGAAGAAAAUGGAAAUAGGCAAAUGGGUGUUGGGGUUUUGGGUUCAGAGAGACAGAAUGUUACACAAUGGAUGAGCCCACUUUCAUGGAUGAGCUCAACACCUGGUGGACCUUUGGCUGAAGCUUUGUGCCUUGGCAUUGCCAGUUCCACAAGAACAACAUCCACCAAUGGCUGUAGAAACUCAAAUGCAGAUGUUAGACAAGAGUUUGAUUUGAUUAACUGA